UCUCUGGCACAGAUCCAUGGAAACACAAAGCUCUCGCAGCCAAUAGGAUUGCCUGCAAGGAAUGGGCGUCACGUUCAGUAGUUGAGUAUCUGCAGACAGUGUUAGAGCAGAGCUCAGUCUGGUUUAUGUGAUUUUGUCAGUAGACGUAUCAAAUGUAAGAUAGGAAUUCUGAAUAAAUUGACAAGAGUGCGGCACAGCUUUUCCAUUAAAGAAAAAAAAAACUCAAGACGGACAGUCAAGGUUUUUUUUUUACAUUCAGAUACUCAAAAUUCCUGCUUCUCAACAUGGAGUGAGAGCCAGCUUUCAUUGGAAGCGAGGUGAUAUAAACGGGUUGUGUUUUGCCUGCUUGCAUUUCAAACCUCCUAACAUCCGAUGUCUGAAGGCUAUCUCUACUCCACCUUGGAGGGGCAGAGCUCUGAGCGGGACCCUGAUUUUGAAGAUGCCCCAGCGUGUUCAGCGUCCAGACCCCGGCUGCACAGAAUGAGCAGCUUUUCAGAAGCCAGGCAUGAGGAGGCAGAGCUUGUGCUUCACUCCGAUGGCAGUGACAGCAGCCAGGACAGGAGAGCCCCCUCGCCCAGGCAGGGCUUGCACAGCGACAUGGAGAUGACGAGCAGCGGCUCCAGCGGCAACGACUCCCACGGGAAUGAAUCCUCAGGGAGUUCCAGUGGGAACGGAAAGGAUUCUGCGCUGUUGGAAUCUUCAGAGAGCAAUAAAAGCGCGAACUCCCAGAGUCCGUCCCCACCCAGCAGCUCCAAUGCAUUCAGUCUCCUCAGCGCCAGUUCUGAGCCUGACAACCCAUCCACUAGUGGCUGCAGUAGCGAAGAGUCUGCGAAGGCCAAGACUCAAAAAGAGUUGCUGAAAACUCUUAAGCAGCUGAAAGUACGCCUCCCUUCUGAAAAGAGGGCCAAAGGGAAAUCCAGCACGCUGGCUACACUGAAUUACGCACUGCGCUGUGUGAAGCAAGUCAAAGCUAAUGAGGAGUACUAUCAGUUGCUCAUGAUCAACGAAAGCCAGCCCUCCGGUCUUGAUGUUUCCUCUUACACCAUUGAAGAGAUCAACAACAUCACAUCUGAGUACACGCUGAAAAACAAUGAUAUAUUUGCUGUGGCUGUCUCUCUGAUCACAGGGAAGAUUGUUUACAUCUCCGAUCAAGCUGCAUGCAUCCUGAACUGUAAGAGAGAGGUGUUCAGGAAUGCCAAGUUUGUGGAGUUCCUGUCGCCACAAGACGUGAGCGUGUUCUACAGCUUCACAGCACCUUACAGGCUGCCUUCCUGGAGCAUGUGUUCUGGGGCCGAGUCUUCUCCUCCAGACUCCAUGCAGGAAAAAUCUUUUUUCUGUCGCAUCAGCGGAGGGCGAGAGCGAGCAGGAGAAAUGCAGUACUGCCCGUUCCGGAUGACUCCUUACCUGAUGAAAGUACAGCACUCUGAACAUGCUGAGGACCAUUUCAGCUGUCUGCUGCUUGCAGAAAGAGUACACUCUGGAUAUGAAGCACCCAGGAUUCCUGCAGAUAAGAGGAUCUUUACCACCACCCACACCCCGAGCUGCAUGUUUGAGGAUGUGGAUGAAAGAGUGGUGCCACUGCUGGGUUAUCUUCCUCAGGACUUGAUAGGGACACCUGUGUUGCUGUAUCUGCACCCCAGCGACAGGCAUUUGAUGCUGGCUGUCCACAAAAAAAUUUUGCAGUGUGCAGGGCAGCCCUUCGCAGAUCAUUCUGCAAUUCGGUUCUGUGCUCGGAACGGAGAAUAUGUUACUAUGGAUACCAGCUGGUCUAGUUUUGUCAACCCUUGGAGCAGGAAGGUGUCGUUUAUCAUAGGAAGACAUACAGUCAGAACUGGUCCUGUGAAUGAGGAUGUCUUUGCCGCUCCGCCGUUUACAGAGGGUAAAAUAAUCGAUUCUGAUAUUCAGGAAAUCACAGAGCAGAUUUACAGGCUUUUGCUCCAGCCGGUGCACAGCCAUGGCUCCAGUGGGUAUGGGAGUUUAGUAAGCAACGACUCACGUGAGCAUUUAAGAAGCGUGGCUUCAUCCAGUGAGAGCUUUGGUCAUCUAAAUGAAGAGUCACAAAAGGAGAAGCCUAGAACAUUUCAAGAGAUCUGUAAAGGUGUACACAUGCUCAAGAACCACGGGCAGCAGGUCUUUAUUGAGUCCAGAGCCAAACUGGAGCCGAAGAAACACAGCUCUGCUGCUGAACCACAAAAGGACUCAAAUGUGAGGACCAAAGACACUCUCCUGAUCUCUGGGAAUGGUAAUGCAACAGGCAUUUCUGAGAAAACCACCAACUCUGAAGAGAUAAGCAAUAAGGAACAGACCGUUUAUUCCUACCAGCAAAUCAGCUGUCUUGACAGUGUUAUCAGGUUUCUGGAUAGCUGUAAUAUCCCAGUCACUGUUAAGAGGAAAUGUGUGUCCUCCUCCAACACUGCAUCUUCCAACUCUGACGAAGACAAGCAGGGUGUCACUGAUGACAGCAUGCAUGUUUCUCAAGCAGACCCGCCCUUGUUAGACCAUCAAGCUGAUCUUGCUUCGUUGAAGUCGCCUGAAAACGCUUCUGCAGCAGCGGUAGUUGGCGCUUCACUGACACCACUUGCUUUACCCAGCAAGGCUGAAAGUGUUGUGUCCAUUACCAGCCAGUGUAGUUACAGCAGUACUCUUGUUCAUGUUGGGGACAAGAAACCACAGCUUGAAUCCGAAAUAAUGGAAGAGGGUCCAAGUGGUAUUGAACCGGUGGAGAGCCAGCCCCCUCCCCCUCCAGCCAGUGCGGUGCCAGCGGUGAGCCAGGAGAAGGAAGCUUACAAGAAGCGGGGCCUCACCAAAGAGGUGCUGGCAGCGCACACGCAGCAGGAGGAGAAAGCCUUCCUCAGCAAGUUCAAGGAGCCCCAGGGGAUGCGCAUGUUUCAAUCUCCUUGCAGCUUCUACCUGCAGGAGAAGCACAAGGGGCACAAAUGUGCACAAGGUACACAAACACCCAGACAGAGAGGGCAGGAUGCCACAAAACCCCCCUUCAAGAAGGCAGGGAGAAACAAGAAAACCAAGUCUAAGCGUGUGAAGCAACGUGACUCAUCAGAUAGCACCUCUUCACACAAUCAGCAGCCACACAGGCCCCCUCUUGUGGGCCUAAACCACACCCCCUGGUCCCUUUCAGAAACCUCUCAGUCCAGCUACCCUGCUAUGUCCUUCCCCACAGUUGUGCCAGCUUACCCAAUGCCAGUCUUGACUGCACCAGGAGCUAUACCUCCUGCCACCAACCCAUCUAUGUCUGGCUUUGGGGAUGGGCAGAGUGCCCAGGACAAUUGCAGCCAAAUGCAGCCGCCACAGUAUUCGGCACCUUUAGUUACUCCAAUGGUGGCAUUCAUGCUCCCAAAUUAUAUGUUCCCGCAGAUGAACAGUGCAGUCCAGUCGUCCUUUUACCCCGGACAGCCCUCUUUCCCCCCACAUCCAACAUUCUCAGCCCAAGCUGCGUUCCCCGUUCCGCCGGCAUUCCCAGGACAGCCCCAGUUUGGCGCUCCCAAUCCCAAUGUUUUCCAGGCGUACCCCCAGUUUCCUGGGCAGCCGUUCCAUUACAACAUGCCGAUGGAGAGUGAGCAGCGCGAUGGGCCGUCCCGCUCCUCUACCCCCCAGUCGGUUGGGGCGCAGGACCAAGCCUCUCCACCUUUGUUCCAGUCGAGGUGCAGCUCUCCUUUGCAACUGAAUCUCCUGCAGCUGGAAGAGACGCCCAAGAGGGUGGAGCGGCAGGAAGCGGGACCUUCUGCCAUGUCCCUAGGGGUUGCUGGGACUGCGGGAGACAGAGACAAAGGAGCCGCCAUGAGCAAGGAGCCAGAGAGCCUGGCACACAUUCACCCUGCUGUAGUAAACUCGUAUGGAGCACCUGCCAAUAUCCCUAUUCCCUCUGGAUCCUUUUAUUCCAAGGAUCAGGUGUUAAAAUCAGAAGAAAACCUUGCAUGGGAUAAAGUGAGCUGUAGAGGUUGUUGGAACAUUGAGGGAGAAUCCCCAGGUGAAGGCCAGGUCAGUGAUGUCCACUCCACCUCCAGCGAUCUGCUUGACAUUCUGCUGCAGGAAGACUCGCGGUCAGGCACAGGGUCGGCCGCCUCAGGCAGUGGGAGGUCAGCAGACUCAGGGUCCUUGGGCUCGGGCUCCAAUGGGUGUGGCACCUCAGGCAGUGGCACAGGGAGCAGCCAGACCAGCAAUACCAGCAAGUACUUUGGAAGCAUCGACUCUUCUGAGAACGACCACCAGCUGCAAGGCAAGACCGGCAUGGAAAUGAAAGAGGGCACUGGCUUUGUUAAAUAUGUCCUCCAGGAUCCAAUGUGGCUGCUGAUCUCUAAUGCAGACGAUUCGGUCAUGAUGACUUAUCAAGUGCCGACACGAGAUUUCGAGACGGUUCUCAAAGAAGACAGAGACAAGCUGAAACAGAUGCAGAAAGCCCAGCCCAAGUUCAGGACGGAACAGAAGAGUGAGCUGGUGGAAGUUCACCCUUGGAUGAAGAAGGGUGUCCUGCCUGAAGCUCUCGAUGUCGCAGAAUGCCUUUGCUCUGUGGAGAGUACUCAAGGUGGUGCAUCCACUGCCUUUGACGUGGAUAUACAGAACAUUGAACUCUGUGCAAUGGUCGAACCCAGUGAGGAGGGCAGUUUGAGGACACUGAGUGUUACAAACGAAGAGCAAAUGCAUGCAGAAGCAAGUCCAAUGUCCUAACAGCAAGACAGGCAAUUAAUGAGAAACAGACUCAGAACCAGAAAUAGAAAGUGAUUGUAGCAAACUAGCAAACAAAAUAAUGUCAUGAAUCUUACUUGUUUGGGUCUCCCUUUAGCUGCAUAAGUUUCCAAUAUUGAGUUUAAGACCUGCAAAUACAGCUAACAUGUAUAUUUCGUUUUAAACAGAAUACCUUGGACUACAUUGAAAAGCUCUGUUUUCAUGCCCUUUUUUCUCAGGAAGUUACACUUGCACUUCUAGCUCAUUUCACCUCAGCAGUGUCUUCUAUCCAGGUCAAAGAAUACUACUGGCUGAAAGCAUGUCAGUCAACAGGGGAAGCAGCUGGUUGGUUAAUGACUGGAAAUUCUAGAAUCGAAGUGCAACACUAUGUGAAAGCAAGGCUUUCUGUGAUCGAGUGCAGGACCAGAUCUAUCAUGUUUUAAAAUAAAAUAAAAAAAAAUGUUUAUAUUUAUUUAAAAACUGCAUCUAGGGACCUAUAUGAAGAACGGCAGUGGACAACAGUAAGAAAUAUAUAUAUAUUUUUUUUUCUUUUGCUGCAAUGUUGUGAGAUCAGUACUGGUGUAAGUGCAGUGAAACCUGCAUUACAGCUUCACUGAAGGGACUGCUAGAGAGUGCUUAAUGCUUAUUCAAAGUGUGUCAGUCAUUCACUUGUAUUGGAAGAGGGGAUGGCUGUUUUUGGAUUCGCUGAACACUGACUAGUAAGAUCAGGUGACCAUAAAUACAGGUUUUACUGUAUGUAUUAUAAAUAUUAGUUUAGUUAUUUACUCUGCAUCCAAUUGGUUAGGUAUGUAUUUGUGUUAACCAUAACAUUCAGUGCUGGUUAACUGUGAGAGAACACUUGAUAUUUUAUACUGGUUUUGCCACUCCUUUUUUUUUUUAAUCUUUCUAUCACUGCUUUUGUUUUAGGAGUUCCUCGUUUGCUCUCUGUUACAGCCUUGAUCUUAUGUCUUCUAUUUUAUUUUGUAAUUUUGGUUUUUAAAGGUAAUUUAUUGAGUGGUCAGUAAACACAACAACGGCGUAAUUGAAUCUGGUUGAACUUUGAGACAAUCAGUGUUAUUCAUUCUUGUCUGCGUGAAAGUGAAGUGCAGUAUAGUGUGUCUACAGUGACCAGGUAUGCAGGAUAGUUGCAAGCAAUUUUACAUUGUGGAGCAAAACAAAAAGUAUAGUAAGGAUGAAUUUAAACUAGGCGCCUCAUGUUUAAACUAACCAGCAAACUGUAAAAUAUGCACCGCGCAGACGUUUCAUGUUGUGUUCUCUUAACAUCAUGUCAUUGUUUUGAUGCAUCUUAAAGGAAUACACACUCGCUUGUUGCCUGGACAGACAGAAACAGCCACAUAUUUAAAGAAUAUAAAAUGGAAAUGCUACCUGCGAGGAGUAAGUGUGUGGGGACAUGGUGUUGCAAUAAGAAAGCAUCAGUAUUUUAACUGUGUCACAUCCUUCUUUUGGGAUUGACUCCUAACAGUGGUAAAGGGAUUAUUCAGAUGCAACAAAAGUGUUUCACACUCUUGACAAAAUAUGUGUGCUGAUCUAAAUGUACAUUUGAGCGUUAUGUACCUGUACGUGCUCUAGUUCCAGUGUAUUUGUUUGUCUACAACUUGAAGAAUGGGGUAACUUGUUAGCAGUAACUAAUGAACAUUUUAAAAGCUGUGGAAUUGAAAGCAUAUGCAUCUUUUAAGUGUUGUUGGACAAAGCCUACAUGCAAGUUUGUUAGUUCAUAAAACAAGGUUUGGGGGGUCAUUUGUACAGUUUCAGAGCAAAUAAAGAAGGCUAUGAAAAAAGGUCAAUGUGUCUCAUGUAUCCAGGGUUACUGUAUCUAAUUGAAUUGCUCCGAGGGAGGAUCCAUAUUAUUUGGGUCACAAUUUUUUACCAAUGAUUUAGCCUUUGUCCUAGGCAAUAUAGAUUAACCUUUUUCAUCUGCCUUGUAAACCUUUCAUUAAAAUACAGACGUCAUUACCCUACACUACAGCACCACUGCUACAAUAUUGGCAAGUAGAGUGCUGUUCAAUUCACAGUCAUUAUUAAAAGUCAAUUCGCUCUGCCUCAUUUCCCUGCUUUUAUCCAAUGAAUGCAGAGUGUGG